CUCAAGUGUCUUCUUUCUUUUAAAGAAAAGAAAAAUUGAGGGGUUUUGGGGAGAAAGUGAGUGGGCGCCAGGAUGGGUUUCUUGAGCAGCCGGACUGAGAGAGGAAGGAGCUAGCGGGGGGCUUCGGAGAGGGUGACCCCGACGCGGGGUGUGGGGCGGGGCAGUUUGUGGGGGACUGUAAUGGAAAGGCGUCGACUGCUCUCCAACUCUUUGCUUCUAGUUUCCUCCACUAUGGGUGGUAGGUUUGAAUUUUGGAGGUGGGGUCUCCUGCGUGGAGUUUGGGAAACUGUGAGGUGGUUUUGAGGUGUGUCGGUUUGUUUGGGGUGUAUAACUGUUUUAAACUGUGUGACGCGUCCUCGUGUGCUGGGCUUGUCUCGGAGGAAUGUGCGGAGAUGGGAAGUUAGAUAGCCAGAGUCCUAGCUUUCCUGGGCCUGGAGGCGUGCGUGUGUCCUGGCGCUGGACGUUUGGGCUUGAGACGUGGCGUGCGUAUCUGGGCUCAGCAACUCGUUUGUGUCCCAUUGCCCGCUCACUCUCCGCCACCCGCCUUCGUCCCCUCCCCUAGACAGAUCUCCACCCCAAACUCCGGGCUGGAGGAUUGUAGUGAUGAUGUGAUGUAGAGAUGGAUCUUUGCAUCCCGAAGUCGGUAGAUAGGUGGGAAAGGAAAAGUGUUUCUUAAUAUUUUAUUCCGGAACCGUGUUUUGGUUACACGAUUGGGGCUACUUUGAAAGGCGUCCUCCACCCACCUUCACCCCGAAACAAAUGGUAAAUAACGCCGAUCAUCUCUGGAAAGGAUAUUGAUCUGCCUCAUGUAAAGUAUGCUCAGUUCCUUUCCAGUGGUUUUGCUGGAAACAAUGUCUCACUAUACAGAUGAACCCAGAUUUACUAUAGAACAGAUAGAUCUACUUCAGCGCCUUCGGCGUACUGGAAUGACUAAACAUGAAAUUCUCCAUGCCUUGGAAACUUUGGACCGUCUUGAUCAAGAGCAUAGUGACAAGUUUGGAAGAAGGUCCAGCUAUGGAGGAAGUUCAUAUGGGAAUAGUACCCACAAUGUUCCAGCAUCUUCCUCCACAGCUACAGCUUCCACACAGACCCAGCAUUCGGGAAUGUCCCCAUCACCGAGCAACAGUUAUGAUACUUCCCCUCAGCCUUGCACUACCAAUCAAAAUGGAAGGGAGAACAAUGAGCGAUUGUCCACAUCCAAUGGGAAGAUGUCACCAACUCGCUACCACGCAAAUAGCAUGGGUCAGAGGUCAUACAGUUUUGAAGCCUCUGAAGAGGACCUAGAUGUAGAUGAUAAAGUGGAAGAAUUAAUGAGGAGGGACAGCAGUGUGAUAAAAGAGGAAAUCAAAGCCUUUCUUGCCAAUCGGAGGAUUUCCCAAGCAGUUGUUGCACAGGUAACAGGUAUCAGUCAGAGCCGGAUCUCUCAUUGGCUGUUGCAGCAGGGAUCAGACCUCAGUGAACAGAAGAAGAGAGCAUUUUACCGAUGGUAUCAACUUGAGAAGACAAACCCUGGGGCUACACUAAGUAUGAGACCAGCUCCCAUUCCAAUAGAGGACCCUGAGUGGAGACAAACGCCUCCCCCUGUGUCUGCCACACCUGGGACCUUCCGACUACGGCGAGGAAGUCGAUUUACCUGGAGAAAGGAGUGCCUGGCUGUCAUGGAAAGUUACUUCAAUGAGAAUCAGUACCCAGAUGAAGCAAAGCGAGAAGAAAUUGCAAAUGCUUGCAAUGCAGUUAUACAGAAGCCAGGCAAAAAACUGUCUGAUCUGGAACGAGUUACCUCCCUGAAAGUAUAUAAUUGGUUUGCUAAUAGACGGAAGGAGAUCAAGAGGAGAGCCAAUAUCGAAGCAGCAAUCCUGGAGAGCCAUGGGAUAGACGUACAGAGUCCAGGCGGCCAUUCCAACAGUGAUGAUGUCGAUGGGAACGACUACUCGGAGCAGGAUACUUGGCAAGUACGCAAUGGGGAGGAGGAGGAGGGAAGAAGUUCAGAGGGAGGCAGAGAAGCAGAGAAGGAUGACAGCAUGAGCCAUAGUGACCACCAAGACCCCAUCUCGCUAGCUGUGGAGAUGGCAGCAGUCAACCAUACUAUCUUGGCCUUGGCCCGACAAGGAACCAACGAAAUCAAGACAGAGGCCCUGGAUGAUGACUGAUCAGGGAGGGUUAGACACAAGUUAACUUAGUUUAGACGUAGCACCUUAGCAGACUUUCCUCGGUCCUUAACAUGUGUUCUUACAGUAUAACUUGCAGUUUCUUGUAUGUCAGGUAGCCGUUAGGGUCUUGUUCUGUGAAGAUGGCAUGGUGCCCUCAGCCUUUGCAUAUACUCUCUCAGUAUUAAUUCCCAGUAAAUAAUAACCAACCAACCAAACUUACCCCUCCCAGCCCCUGAGGCUAGAAAAUCUUGCUGCUCCGUCUUAGCAUUCCAAGAAAGUGCUUCCAGGUAUUUAGAUAGCCCUCAGUUCUCCAGUAUUAGGCUGUGUGUAAAAUCUUGGGUCCCUUUAGAUACAUGUAACACGAGUCUGUACCUUUCCCUUCCCCAGACUGAUAGGAUGCAAGCUGAGGUGGUGGCACAGGGCUGACAGACACCACUUGGGGAAUCUCCAGAGCGAAAGGGACACUGGAGCCCCACCUCAGCGUGAGAAUCGCUGAUUCAGCUGCAAUAAGCCGUGCCUCCUACAGUCACUCUGUGGCUAGGUUACACUUCUUCGGGUGCUGUGCUAAGACUGUCCAUGGAAAACCUGAGCUCAGAUUUGGUUGGUGUUAGCAUGCCUGCCACAGGCAUCCUUUCCUCUCAAUAGCUGUGUGACCUAGUAGGUAAAAUACUGCCUUCUGCCUUUGGGACCAUGAUUCAAGACAGAAAAACAAAAGUUAUGAAAAAAAAAACCCAGCUUGAGAGCAUUGGAAAAAAGUAUGAGCUGAGUGUCUGAUGGAUGCUCAGUCCAGCCCUCAGAACCACUGUACAUUCCGUGGCACGCCUAUCAGUGCCUGACUGGAAAGGUCUUGGAGGUUGUCCUGGUGUCCCCUUUCCCUGCUACCAAAAAAGUCUUUCAAGGACGGAGCUAAGGUCAGAAAUGAGUAGAAGAACACAGUCUUUGUAUCCAUUAGCAGAAGCCCCUCAGUCUGAGUCGAUGGAGGGCUUAGGGGAUUUUGCUGACUUGACUAUCACAGAUGCAAACACUUGCUUAAAUAGGAGCAGAAAAAAUCAGGGGACAUUUACCACUUCCACGGUGGGUGUGCGAGAUACAACAGGAUGCGACUGCUUUGUUGUUCUCUUUACUCUGUCCUUGUAGAGGUAUGAAAAGCUAUAUUGCUACAGGCAAUUUAUUUAAUAAUUGGAAGCCAUAUUGAUAAUGGAUGUGGUAAUAUUUGUAAAGUUUAAUCUACUUUAAGUGGCAGUAACUAAUGGAAUUUUUUUCCUUGAUCACGUAUGUAGCACUUUUGUUACUUUUUAAAGAUAUUUAUAUUUGAUAAAUCUUUUUUUCAUUUUGAGAACUCAAAAUACCAAACAGUGAACUUGCGUUAUAAAGUCACCCUGUGAUCACCUUGUCAUCUAGUAGCAAAAUGAUGAACUAUUCAUGCAUCAAAGAAAAUUACAUCUGCUGGCCUUGUACGAAAUGGUCUCUUGGCAUCCGAUUAAAUGAUGCACUGUCACUGUGGGUCAAAAGAAACAGCCUUCAGUGUAGAGUGUAGGGUGCAGCGGGAGAGGCACAAUGGCCGCGCAUUUUCUGCCUGGCUCCGUCUCUCCUCUGUGUCUCCUGAAGCCUUGUUUUAGGGGAGGCCAGGCGGACUGCUCCAUGAGGUUUCUGUCUUUCUGUCCAUGACCGAAACAGUUUCUGAGGUAGAAGGAAGGUGCCGUUCCCUCACUGCCUCACCCUGAACCCUCACCAGAUGUGUUCAGCCUCAUUUGAAAGAUACUGACCUUCCUUCCUUCUUUUUCCUUUCUCUUUGGGAUGUUGAAUAUCUGCCAGUUUUUAGCUGGUCUCUGCACUUAAGGCAACACUGGUGAUCAUUCCCUUAGCCGUAUGUUGUGCUCGUGGAAGUAUGAGGACAUCUUUCCAAGGGCACGAGAAUGCCACCUUCCUGUGUCUGUGACUUAAAAGAAUUAUGGCAGGGCCUGGUCCUGCCCCGUCCCUGGGUUUCAGGGGGGAAAUGUAUGCAUUUCCCCGACUCCCAAGAGUCGGAGCGAGAUGGAGCCGUCUUCUGUGUUACUGUACUACUUGAACUGACAAACCCAAGAGUAGCAUUUGUUAUUCUCAGGAAUGAGCCCCCUCCCACACACUCCUGCUCAUGUUCUUUGUUUAUUGUACUUUUUCAGUUGUGAGAUUCUGUUAUCUUUCUUUCCUCUGAUUUUAAUAUAUCUUUCCAUUUUGGUGGAAUUUUGUCUGCUUAUUCUCAGUUGAAUCAGAAAGAACACAGAGAGGAAAAAAAUACAUUCUCUGACAAGCCACAUCCAUGAUUUAUUGUCAUUAGAUUAUUAUAAUUGAUAGCUUCUUUAGGAUGGGAUUCCUAGCAUCAUUUAUUCUUGCUAGUCUUUUUAAAGGAACAGACUCAACCUGCUAAGACAGCUGCAGUUUCUAAAGAAGUCUAGUGAUUGCCACAGAAGAGCUGAAAUGUUUUUCUGUUUUGAGACCUCUGAGGACGAGAAAAGCGUUAGAGGAUAAGGGGGAGCUGGCGUCCGUGCAGGCAGUGCUGGCCGGGCUGGCAGUGGCAACACCGGGGGAGCAAUGCUGCCAGGGCAGAACACAGUGUGCCGAGCUGGAGGGGACAGGGAGGGUGUCCACCCAGGACUGUGAGCUGCUCUUUCGCUUUUUCACUAGGCGUGAGAAUGAAUGUCUUUGGGGUCAAGAUGUCAAUCUUCCUUCAGUUUUUUGUUGUCACCAGGUUCGGUUCUGCUCUCUCUUGUCCAGACCACCUUAAUUCUUAUAAUGGCAAAUCCAGCGCCCACUAUUUGGUUUCUACUUUUCCCUGAGCCUUUCAGGUUUUAGGUGUGCUAUUAAGAUAGAAAUCCUCAAAUGCUCUAUCGCCAAAGGGAAAAACCAGACUCUACAAAGUCACAUCCCAUGCUGCUUGGUGGCUCUGAACCUGCUCUUGCUUCUUUGUCCUUCUUCAGGCCCCUUGUUCCUUUCUAGUCAAGGAAGAUUUUUUAAAGUGUGGGUCUAUUCAUGUAGUCCACCUGUUAUUUUUAUUUAAUUCACUGUGACUGAAUUACUGGUCAGAUGUGUGAGCUUCCCACCUGCCCCUCUCACAGUACCCUUUGAGACAGACCAUCUAAGGCGACUUCCACCUGUACGUGGCCAGCACCAACAGGGCACAGAAGUAGGCGGGCAAACAGCAGUGCACAGGGCUGAGACCUUCUCGUGCCAUUGAGUACCACACACGUUCUGCUUCUUUCAGCAGCUGGUCAUGUUGGAGUACCCAUCGGGCAGAUUUCCUCUCAACCUCAGUUCUUUAAGUGCCCCUUCACAGGAAAAGGGGACCUGGGACCGGGAGCCAGAGAGCCCCCACUGAGGAGCCUUCCCCCAGCUGUGGAGAGUUGAGGAGGAAGCUUGUUCUUACUAACAUGCAAAGUUGGUACUCCAGUUCAAGAUUUAUGAUACAGGAGGAGCUGUCUUAGUCCCGAUGUCUGGGUAGAUUCUUACCUCAAAGGGUAAGAAUUUACUGAUACAGUUGUUUGGGCUCUCCCUCUUUGGCUUUCAUCUUCAAGAACUCGUUAGAAACUUGCCUCCUGGACACCCAACAUUAGGCACCGAGUAUAAUAGACCCAGUAAAGAAUCUACUGUCACUUCCUCUCCAUCUCUCAACAGUUCCUCUUUGUUUUCUCUGAGCUCCACUAUUGUCCUUGUUUUGAGUUGACUUUGCUGGAGUUUUUUACCUUCUGGCUGCAGCCAGGGUGCUGCUCAGUAGCGCCCUCUUCAGCAGUCUGAGAACACAACAUGCUGUCCCGAGAGGCCGGGCUCUGCACCUGUACCCCUGAGCAGCCCCUCAUCCGUCCUAAGAAUGUGAACUUCAAGUCCUUGCCCUCUCUCUCUGGUUUAAGAAGGAUUUAGUUAGAAGAUCUUUCCAUUUAACUCGUGGCUCUGCCUUUUAAAAAUGCUUUUUAUCUUUUGUUCAGAGAGCAGCCGGAGUAUUUUUCCCUGUGAGUCUCACCAGAUUCGUAGGCAAUAAUUUUUCUUGUGGUUGAGGAUCUUGUGCUCGGUAGCACUCUGUCUACAUUGAACAGUCCUGAUCUCCUAUGGUGUGCAUUGGUUUCUGUGCUAAUCUCUGUGAUUGAAAUCGUAGGCUAGGGUGGUGAUGGAUUGUGCCAUUUUGUUGUGAUUAUCGGUAAUGUUUCACUACUGUGUUCCUUGAGGCUGGAUCGAGACCAGCCAAAUCCAUUUAUAGCUUUACUGAGCCAGAUUUGUCAAGAUUUCCCGAGUGAGAGUUGGGCACACUGAGGAGCCAGCUGCUGGUUCAGGGGUGCAGGCUGGGGGUGCCCUGGGCAGGGGUGUGUUACUCAUACAGCGUUCCUUCAUGUGUGCUCUUUAAUAGCAAGAUGCGUACUCAGGAUUUGGGGAUCAGUUGUCAGCCAUAUUGAAUUUGGCAAACUGAGCUGCGUGCCCCAAAACCCUCCUGCUGUCUCUCCAUGUCCAGCGUCUGGUCACGUUACCCAGAACCACUGAGUUGUCCAGAGUGAGGACAGUGCCCCUCCUGGGAGCAGGAGGCUUUCUCAGAAACAGCUCUGCGGGACCAGCUCAUCCGGGCGCCCGGACAGCCCGCCCUCGGCGCACAGGCCCUCUGCCUUCUCUUGUGCAGGUGCCUUCCUUACACUCUUGGCUUCACAGAUGCCCGUCACUGCAGAGGGUUCCCUCACGCUCCCAACAAGCAGCAGGAAGGGCGCCUCACAGUCGGUUGCCGGCCACAGAAACUCCUGUCUGUCUCCAGCAGGUUGAGCUCCGCAGGCCUGCUCGGGUGCCCUUUCUUUACGAACCGCAAGCGAGAAGUGCCUGCCCUUGCGUCUCACAGACCGCACCUCCUGUUGGGUCUGAGUCCUCUCUCAGAAAUGCAACUUUGUUUGUACGUCCGCACCUUCAAACACUGCAAGUUUGUAAAUGGAGAUGUUUCCUAUCGCCUUCAUUACUCUUGGUGGGGAUGAGAAAUAGCAAAAAGAAAGGUAAGCCUGAGAAAUGCAGGUUCCUGUAGCACUAGAUUUCUUUUGUCGUCAGAAAAGAAAGGGAUACAGGAGAGACGCCAGUGAGGAGGUUUGGCUGCACCCGGUUCUCAUCUUGCCAGCACAGAUGCCUUGGGGUCACAAGUGUGCAUCGCCCUUAACUUCUUUCUUAUCAUUCUUGGCAUCUGGGUAGAACUGAAUAGAGGUUUCCAUUCAAGUGUAACCUGCCUGGCACUUUUAAGCCGGCUGACAGUUUAGUGGGCACAUCCCAGGACCUGUGAGUGGGGAGCUCUGAUGCUGCCCUCUGCCGACGCCCCCCUCCCCGCGCAAGGUCCCUGCUUGCUUGCCAUCCACCCCUCUGGCCGUGUCCAGGCUGUCUCCACGCUCCGCGCCGUGCUGGGCAUCGGGCAGCAGGUGGCGUGUGCACGUGCAGCUCCUCGCCGAGCUCCUGGGAGGCCAACUCCCCUGAUUCCAUUUUCGUUUUCUCUCUUAAAUAAGACUGGCUGCAUACAGCCAUAAUUAACUCACAAAUUCACAUUGGUGUGCUGCGAUCAAAUGGAGGUUUGGCUGAAUCUUUUCAAAUUGUAACCAUGGUAAUUGAGGGGGGUGGCACAGAAUGAAUAUAUAAAAAUAUAAUGGCAAUUGUUCUGAAUGACUGAGUGUCCUCCUGACAUGUAAUUAGCUGUUUUAGCAGGAUGUAGAUUGGCAUGGUCAUAAUUAAGAGGGUUUCUGUCCUUUAUGUGAUUGAAAAUAGCAGAGCUCCCAAGAACAUUUGGAACGGCGACUCGGUAAACUAAAAUAAUGACACUGUAUUCAUGUUCUCCCGCAAGAGAAGGAUUUGGAGUUAUUUCAGCCCCAAAAGGGAAGCCUUUGAUUAUUGCUCUCCAUGUGACUUCUGAGUCCUUUGAGGCCUCUCUCACACCGGUUUGGCCUGCUCCACCUUGGGCAGACACCAGGCAGCCCCAACCAAGGCCCUGCCCCUCUGUUCCUCGUGCUGGCCUGGCGCAGCCACAUCUGCUUCCCACACCCCUAGGGUCCUCAGGUCCCCUGGGUCACUUGACAUCUCCAUUGCUGUCACCUUUCGAACACAUUCACCAAAUGGAAGUUUACAGAAGUUGCGUAGCGUUUUCCUCAUUGGCUCUUAAGAUGCAGAGCAGACAGCCCGACAAGGACAGAUCAGUGAACUUCAGCUGGGCAUGACUGGCGCUGGCGCCUGCACUCUGCCAUCGUCACUGAAGCAAAGGACGCGUGUGAGUGCCCGGCCUCUCUCACACCACUCUGACCUAGCAGGCGCUGUCCUAGUGCUCGUGGCACUCUGCUGGCCUCUCCCUGUCCUCCCUACCCUUGCACAGACCCGGGCCAUCCGGCAUCCUGUGGUUUUGACAUCCUGCGGUCUCCUGGCCACACCUGCUCCUCCUCUCAUCCUGGGGUGGCCCUUGGGUGGGGGGUACUUAGUCACUUGCUAGCCUUCCUCUAGAACAGGCUGGGGUCCUCUGCUCUGUUUGCCCAUCCCUCGCCGGAGCCUUCGUCCUGUUGCAUGUGUCAGCAGGAACGCCAGCACCCAACAGCAGUGAGUGGCCGUCCCACCUGUUUCCUUCCCCUACCAGCCGGAGAGACACUGGGCGAGCCGUGGUCUGAGAGCUCUGCCCCUUCCGGGCCUGGACAUUCAGGACUGCUCAGUAGCCACUGAGGACAGUACAGCUCUGGCUUUUACUCUUACUUUGCCGCUUCCCCUUGUACCGGUCUUUCUCUUCCCCAUCAGGAGGAACCCUAGCCUGCCAGAAAUGCUGCUUACAAUUCCAUCUGCUGAGAAGGCUGCUUGUUUAGAAGUGACCUCCUCCACCUCGAGACAUGGAGAUCAGGAGAGUAUUUCUGGCCUUGGCUUCUUUUCAUUCUGUUCCUCCCCAAAUACCUGUAGUGGAAUAGUAGUUGGGCCAGUUCACGGAAAGAUCCUGUGUCCAUCCCCGCAGGGCCUCUCCCCUAAAGGCCACCUGUCUGGGUUAGAGGCUGAGAGCAGAGCAGAUGAGCCGACUUAGUAAUUGUGAGAUGAUCUCUGAAGAAACCAGACAUUCCCGUGGUCUGCUCACAUCCAAAGGACACAGGGUCUGUGUUGCGGUCGGAGUCCCAGCGUGUCUGCCAUUUCAGUUCACAGUAUCGAAUGUGCCGCCAUGAAAUAUAGUUUCAAAGAGAAAACACCAGAAGCAAGUUUUAUAUGACUAUCUGGAGAAGCUGCUGGGUUCUAAAUCAGAGUGUUGCAGGAGACCAGCGUGCAGCCCUCCCCAGCUGUCACAGCUCACAGGAGCAGCAGCUGCUGUAAAUGUCAUUUAAGUACGUGGCUGGGUGCUGUGCUGGUGGCAGUGCUGCCUCCCUAGUCCUCCCGGUCAGUGCCACCAUAGCUGCAGCAGGCCAGGCAGCCUCCUGCGCCUCGUUCACCUUCGUGGAAGGUGGCCUGUCCACUGCUGCUCCAUGGAAGGCACCACCUGGCCCAGCCUGGUGCGCUGGCACCCUGCUGGCAUUACAAUCCUGGGUGAGCUGGAAGGGGACCAAGACCCUACAGCCUGGCUUCCUCUGGGGACCUUCCUGAGUCCUCCUGCUCGGUGAGCAAGGUGACAGAAUAGGGACAUAGACUCCCAGCCGUGUCAGGAUGCAGGAGAAUUGUAGGUGGCAGUAUACAUCCAGGGUGGAGGGGGUCAAUCUCACCUGUACCCCUUGCUUGCAGCCCCGGUAGCGAGGGAGAAGCAGGGCCCGGCUCCUGUUGCUUGCUUAGUUGCCAUUGCCUUAGACCCCCGGCUUGUGUUCUGAGUGUUCUGCUGCUCCCUCCUCCUCUCGCUGUCCCCUCCACAGCAGUGAUGAUGGCCAGGUAGGCUGUUGUGGGCUGAGGCCCUGGUUCUGUGUCAGUGUCUGCCCUCCCAGGGUUGCUUCUGCUCCUAAUCCUGAGCCUUAACUGGCCCCCAGGAGCAGCUGCAUGGCCACGAGUACAGAUUUUGGUCCAAAAACUCCAAGCUGACCUGAAGACCUAUGAAAAUUCUACCCCUCCUUUCUAGCUCUUUCUCUUACUGUAAAAAGAAGGUUUUCCAGGAGUUGGUUCUGUUGAUCACUCCCCGUCUCCCCCUCCAUCCUUGAUAGGCGUCCUUGAAGAAGUACAAGAAAGGAACAAAGCCACAGCUUUGGAGCGUCCAGGUGAGGGACCCACCCAGGUGGCUGCUGAGGGUGGCAGGUGCGUUGGGACGCAGCCGGCUAGUGAGGUUUUUGUGACCCGGCCCUCACAGGGCCCGCAGCACCCUCGCCUGGAGGGGAGCGUGUACUGUGCCUUUCCCGCCGAGCUGAUCUGGUCUGGACUCUGCCCUGCACCUCAGCCACCGGGCAGACCUGGAGCAGGGCACGGCCUGCCGGCUCCCUGUCAGAGGCGGUUCUCGGUUCUCGGGACUAAGUUCAAGGCUCAGCCUCCCUUUAGGGUGUCGUCUUCCCAGCACUUCCAGGCUGUCUUUCUGUUUGGUGUUUGGCUUCCUUCGAGCAGAGAAAGCUCUCCCAUUUUUGCUUUACUGGAAGUAGGAGCUCAGCAUAAACUUGUGAGGGUUACUUUCCACCUCACCAUUCACUGAAGCGAUUAAACUGGAAAACAAAAGAACAUGAAUGCCCUUAACGUAAACAGCUGCCCCAGCUCUCUGGCAUUCCAGCCUCCGGGCAUCAGUGCCCCAUGGGCAGAGCAGGUGGAGAGGAGCUCGGUGUGGGCUCCAGGAACCACUCUCCUGUAUUGGAAUCGGUGACCUUCCUCAUGCCUCUCCAAAAAUGGGCACCAAGGGAACAAACCAAAGCUCUUGGGGUGUGGUGGGGCUGGCGAGGCUUCUCCUUUACUCCCUGGUUUUCCCAAACCCUCCCAGUCAUUUCCUUGUGCUGAGCGUGCAACAGCGCGUGGGUGGCACCUGCACCUCCUUCCACCCUGUCCGUACCUUCCAGGGCCCAGCCUGGCCAAGGCAGGACUGGCUCCCCGCUGGGAGAUGCCGAGACCGGGGCAGCCACUUCCCCGGCAGAGCCCACAGCCUUCUCCGACCCGGGCUCGCCCGCCCUCCGUCCCUCCCGCGACGUGGUCAGGUGGAGAGCAGAACCUUUCCAGGAUGAGUUCUUGUUUAUGUUCAAGUGCCUAAGCAAGUUGCAGACCUCUGGAUCCUGCCAGGUAGCUGUGCCCUGCCCCACCCUUCCCACCUCCACCGCCCUCGGGGUAGGCACCUGCCCCACCCCCAGCAUCCCUGCCGUUCUGCAUGCGGAGCGCCGUGGGGCACGCGAGUGGGAGAACUCUUCGUAGCCGUGUCAGGCCGGCUCCGUCACCGUUCCCCUGUUGCUUUUGUUGACGUGGUUAUGGUCUUGGUUCUAGACAACUUCCAGGAGUCUGGUUAGCUAGAUCUUAGUGCCACCAUAGACAGCCUCGAAGCAGAAACCCUGUCGGUCAGCCGUGGGGAUGCAGCCAGACCCAGAGGGCAAGUGUGACUCCCAGCUGUGCCUCCAGCACAGUGCCCGGCCCUGCUCACAGGGCCACCGCCAGGUGUCAUCUGGAUCCAGCUGCGUCUGUAGAUGAGUGUGAGAUUGUUUGCUUCUUUGUGAAAGUAAUGUAAGUCUGACCUAGACUCGGGGCCUUGGUUACGUGAUGAGCACAGGAGAGGACUGACGGCCGGCGCUGUUCAGACCCCAUGGCCAGCAGCACGCCGAUGAUUUGUGGGUGCAUUAAAAGGUUUUGCAGAAUGGAACAAUCCAUACCCAGGCACUUUAUUUUCAUUAAUAAUCCAGCAUUUUUGUUCAGACAAUGGAGUAACCCAAACACUGGGUACUUGCUUGUGAUGUGUGGGCAAGUGCGUUCUGCCUUGGAGACCAGAGGGAAGUGGGAUGAUGGUGGCCCGACGGAGCUGCUGUGCUCAGAGCGGGAGUGGGGCAGUGCCCAGGGCUCUUCUAUCCCCCUGCAGCUGAGCAAAGUGAAUGUAGCCCAGGCCCUGGGCCGGGAGGAUGUGGGCAGCUGAGGGAGGCAGGAGAGGGCCUGGUUGCUCCCGCUUCCCAAGACUACACUGCAGCCGGAGCAGAGUGCUGAGCGGGGUCCCCGUCUCCCGGUCAAGUGCAGCUGGUCUGGUGUCAGGGGCCGGGCAUGGGCUAAGAAGCAUUCAGCAUCCGCCAAAUAGCCGAGUGUCCAAGAGGGGCCGUGGAUCCCCGCCUUGGCUGUCCUGUCCUGUCCUGUCUGUGUUUCCCUCUGGUGUCUCCUCUGGUCUCUGUCCCCAUAUCGUGCACCAUGUGUCCCUGAGGGCGUCACACCUGUGUCUGAGUCUGUUGUAGGGUGUUCAGUCUACCUCAAGGGUCACCAUGGUAAGCUCUGUCCACGAGGAACCCUCCUUCCAUGCCACACACUGGAAUGUAUCCCGCCCGCCCCAUGUCUCCUGUAUUCACCACAAACUCCUAGUGCAAAUUGGAUGCUGCUUUAAAUGUGAAAACAAUUGUUCAAAAGCUAUAAAACCUGAAUGAAAGCUAAAGCUGAAUUUAUAAGCCUUGUUGCAUAUGAGCCAAAAGUGCAAAAAGCUCUAUAUAAUGAACCUGCCACUCGUAUAAAUAUAAAUAUAUAUAAAUAUAUUAAAAUCAGACUGUUCUACAAAAUUGUGUAUUUGUAUUUUUGUGUACGUACAAUUUUCUGCUAAGCAGAAGGAGGAUGUAGUAUAGGAUGCUGUGAGAAGAGAUUUGAUUUGAUCCUAUUUCUUUGUUACUUAUUUUUGUUAACAUCAGAUGCCUGUCUUCGUCUUCUGUGUAUGACACUGUUUGGAAAGCUGCAGUAUCUCUCUUCCUCGGGCCAGAGUCCAGAGAGAACCGAGUCUGGGCCUUAGGGCCUUGUCUUAGCCACUCGGCCGGAGCGGGCAGUGGGCACAGUGCCUGUGGCAGAAGCAGAUCCACGUGUGUCCUGAGGUGGCACCAAGGGAGGGACGUGGCUUCCGCCCCCUCUGGGAUGCAGACCACCUGUGGUAUCGGCAUCCCCAGAGACGGACCCUGGCUCCCUCCAGCACAGACUCUCCCUGGGUCCGUGAUGGAGGGACAUGGGCUGUCCCCAAACAACAGGGCGGUGCCCCUCCCCUGGGACCAGCAGUGGCCCCACCCGGCCCGGCGCCCAGCUCCCACUCUGAGUCCUUGCUGCCUUUCUCCAUCGGGUGGCCCCGUGCCUCCUGCUGCUGCUCCUUGGCCAGACCCCAGCCUGGUCCCGAGCACCUCCGACCCCACUCUGCCGGUGCUAGACUCGGGGGGGGGGGGGGGUCGGUGGCUCCGAGCCGGGCCGGCCCACCUCACGGAAGCUGCCCUAGCGAGAGCGAGAGCGAUACUGCAGCUUCAGCCGUAGGACUCGGAUUCCACAGUGUGUGACGACCGUAGCAGGAAGCCCUUGUUUCUGGGUGGCAGUGAUCAAUCAGAGAAACAAGUGCUCUAUGUAUUGAUUAAAAUAGUUCCGAUGAGUCCUGUAUCAUUGUAUCUCCUAUUCUGGAUUAGUGCCUUUUGGACAGUAGACUGUUCUGUAAUUAAAAUGUAGUAUACUGCUUUUUUGUACAGUUUUGUUUUAAUAAAACUUUUUUUUAAUUUGUGUUUAUUUUAGUAUUGUACCUAUUAGAGAAUAAAAUGUAUAACUGAA